GUCUUGUCAAAAAUGUCAAAUGCAAAUUAUGUUUUGCGAAAAUUACUGAGAAUUAAAUGAAAAAUUAUUUGUGAAUGUGGAACAUUAUUUGAUUUGACGUCAGUGAUACGAAAGAAGAAAGAAAUAAUCUAUGAUUCUUAUCUUCAAUCAUGAGUAAGAUCAGCAACGGAGCAUCAGCAAAAAGACAAGAAUUAAUAAGACAAUAAUAUUAAGUUACAAUAAGGAUCCCUGCUGAUAAUCAGAGGAUUGAAACUCAACUGCAUCAAAAAUGUCACCCAUUUACACAUUAACGUUGUACACAAUAGCAAUAUUAAUGAUUUUACCGCUGUGUUUAUCAGAAAGUGACCAAUUUGUAAAAGGUCCGUAUCGUCCACUGGGUCCAUUAGUAAAAUGCAGUUUUUUGCCACUCGAUUUCUUGGAAUGCGACGAGCCUGUCGACCAUAAAGGUAACCAAACAGCGAAAGAUGCAGUAAAUCAUGGCUGCGUGAAAUUCGGAGGCGUCAGAUACGAGGAUGUUGAAAGGACUAAUGUGCAGUGUAAAGCGCUAGAUGGGAUAGAGUGCCAUGGCAGUCGUAGUUUCCUAAGAAACGGUUUCCCUUGCGUGCGCUACUCUGGACACUACUUCACUACUACCCUCAUUUACAGUAUUUUAUUAGGUUUCCUCGGUAUGGAUAGGUUUUGUCUGGGCCAAACUGGUACAGCUGUUGGGAAACUGCUUACUUUAGGAGGGCUGGGUAUUUGGUGGAUAGUUGAUGUAGUUUUAUUGAUAACAAAUAAUUUGCAUCCUGAAGAUGGUAGCAAUUGGAAUCCAUAUGUUUAAACUUGGUGUUAUAUUUUAAAACUUAGGUUAAGUAAAGUAAUGCCUAUGUUAAGUUGUAAUUUUAUACCUUUAAUGAUUGAAAUAACUUGUACAUAAGUAUAAAUUUUAAUUAUAAAAGCUGUGAUUGUAAAUAAAUUUUGUCUAAUUUAAAAUUAAGUAAAUACCUAUAGUUUAAAUAUCUAAUAUUGAAAUACUGUUAAAUACUGGCAGUUAUUAAAAAUAUCAAAUGCAACAGACAUUUUUAUUUGACUUGUGCACAAAUAAAUCCCAAUCUGAAUCUGAAUAAGUUUAUAUAAUUAAAAAUUAUUCCACAAUUAAAAUUAUCUUGCCACACUGAGAUGGCAUGAUAGGUUUAAACAGUAUGAUUGAAAUAACUUGUACAAAAGAAUAAAUUUUAAUCACAAAAGCUGUGAUUUUACAUAAAUCUUUGUCUUAUUUAAAAUUAAAUAAAUAUAGUUUAAAUAUUUAAUGUUGUAAUAGUGUUAAAUACUUGCAGUUAUUAAAAAAAUUAAAUAAAGUAUCUAAAUAAAUGAAAAA